AUGCAGGCCGGCAGCAUCCUGCUGCUGAUGGUCGCGGCGGCGGCGGCUCGGGCGGCGGCCCACCCGGACCCGAUCCCGACGAUCCCGAUCCCGGCCUCGGUCUCGGCCUCGACAUCGCCGACGGUACAACUAUCGACGAUACCAACCUGCGCCAUGCAGUGCCUCGUCGACGGCUUCCACGCCGGCAACUGCACCAUGGCCGCGCUGGCCGGUUGCAUGUGCACCAACGUGCCCCUCCUCGCCCACAUCUCGGAAAGAAAGAAAAAAGAAGAAGAAGAAAAAGAAAACCAUCACUCUCCUCCGCCCUCGCCCUUCGCAGCUCACACUGACCGGGAACCCCCCUUCCUUCCGUCUCCAUCAGCUACGGCUCGCAUAUCACAAAACCUCUGCAAAGGGUACCCGAGAGAAGAACGCCGACGGUUCUCCAAGAUCUUCGCCAUCGGCCUGCCGCUCGUCACGACCCUCGCGGUGGCCCUCCGCUGCGUGGCCCGGCUGCAGGUCGCGAGCAAGCUGUGGUGGGACGACUGGACCGCGCUGAUGGCUUUGGGGUUUCUGAUCGUCAUGUCCGGCCUCGGACUGGUCAAUUCCAGCCUGGGAUUCGGCUAUCACUAUUGGGACAUCGACCCGGGCAACGGGAAGAUGAUCCUUCAGAUCUUUUACGCACAGCAGCUUCUCUACAUUUUUAUACAGGUGUUCGCCAAGGCCUCCAUCGCCUGCUUCUACUCCCGCGUCUUCACCAACAAGCGCUUCCAGCUGGCCAUCAAGUGCUUCCUGGUCUUCCUGUUCUCGCACGGGCUCAUGUUCCUCCUGCUCCUCGCCUUCCAGUGCGUCCCCGUGCGGUCCAUCUGGGACCGGUCCGUCAACGGCCGCUGCUUCGACACCGCCGCCAUCUCGUACGGCGGCGCCGCCUGCAGCAUCCUGGAGGACUUCGUCCUCAUCCUCAUGCCCUUGCCGGAGCUCCUGAAGCUCAAGCUGAGCAAGAGGAAGAAGUCGGCCCUGGUGUUCAUGUUCGGCAUUGGCUCAUUCGCGUGCGUGGCUAGCAUGGUCCGCCUCAAGUACCUCGUCACCUUCGUCCACUCCUUCGACGCGACCUGGGACAACGUUUACCUGGUGAUCUGGUCCAGCAUCGAGCUCAACCUGGCCAUCAUCUGCGGCAGCCUCCCGGCGCUGCGGUCCCUGUUCAAGAAGAUCCCGGCGCUGCUGAAGACGGUCAGGUCGAGCGCGGGGGGAGAAAAGUCCCGCGCGGACCAGCGUAGGCAGUCGGCCACGGUCAUCGCCAUGUCCGACGCCUCGGACAACUCCAACGGGCAGUCUCCCAAGGGCAACACGCCGCGGAGGGCGGGCAUGCCGAGGCCCUUUGGCAGCGCGUCGACCGCGUGCGGCAAGAGCUUCCACUUGUCGCGAGAUAAAGAAACCGACCCGGAUAGCAAGGAGGGGUUCGGCUCUGGGGAUUUGGAAACGGGUCGGUAG